AAUUAACCAGAAGAUCAUUAUUUUAAUCUAUAAAACUUUAUUAAUUAAUUUUCCUUUUAUUUUUAGGUCCAAAUUUUAUUUUAUUUUUAAUUUUAAAAGUCUUUUGUCUGGGAUGAUGAUUCUUCUAUAUCCUUCAUUCUAACAUUAUUAUUUUAUCUUAUCAUAACUGGAUAAAUCCGUUCAACUUAACUUUAAUUUUAAAUGAUAUUUCUUUUUUAAAAAAUUUGGGCUAAUUUAUACUCGAAAUGAUCGAUUUAAACAAUUCUUCCGAGAACUUUAAGGUUGAUCCUGCAGUUCUUAAGGAGUUUGAAAUGAAGUCAAACAUGUCGAAUUUGCAUAUAGGAAUAACCACUAAUGAUGAAGUUAUUAAAAAAAUAUUCCGCUCACUUAUUGAGCCCAUAACCUUGUUUGGCGAGGGUAACUACGAGCGCAGAGAACGCCUUAAAAGGCUUCUUUUAGAAAACUAUGAUAACUAUUUCAGGGGAGAGGAAAUUGAAGUCGCAAUUUCACGUUCAGCUGAUGCUAAGAAUUUCUAUGAGGUUCUUAGGAUGUUUAACAUUGACAUGUCAAAUCUGUUCAACAAGAAGGGCAGAUUCGCUGAUUUUACCCCCUUUCAAUAUGACACUUCUGAGACUGGUGACAAGGAACUGUUUUAUACUGAGGGAGAUGAGAAUGUCAAACAUUUUAGGGCUUCUCUGGCACACUACUCUUGGAAUCGCAGCGUUAAGCGUAAGAUGCUUUUGCACAAGUACAGAUCUAACUGUGACCAAUACGAGCAUAAAGACGAAGUUGAGAACUACGGAAACUUUUUAACCGAGUCUAUGUCUAUGGCCUUUUCUCAACUCGCUUCUACAAGGCCCCUUACUAUGGCCAAAUUUUCUCCUAAUUCCAGGUACAUAGCCUCAAGUAGCUACGGCGGUGAGAUUAACAUUUUUGACUCUCGUGAUUCUAAGUAUAAACAGGUCGUUAGUUUGUCCAACGACUCUAACGAAAUGGCUCGUUGUUUUGAUUGGAACUACAACUCAAAUCACUCUUGUUACGAUAGAGUUCACCCUAGUAGCAUAGCUGAUAAUGAGCUACUUUUGGUCUCUGGUGGUUCAGGUGGUACUCUCAGUUUAUGGAAACCGUUCUCUAAAAUUAAGGAUGAAGAGUUUGAAAAAUGUCUGCACACUAGUAAAUUUCACGAUUUAAGGGUGAAUAGGGUAGUAUUCCAUCCUUGCAACAACUUUGUAGCUUCUAGUUCUGAGGAUGAAACUGUAGUUCUCUUCGAUUUAGAAAAAUUAUCCGAGGUUUACGUCCAGGAGGGUCACUCUCACUCAGUUUAUGGUCUUGCUAUAAAUGGAGAUGGCAACUUAAUCGCAUCUGGUGACCAACACGGAGUUCUUUUGAUUUUCGACCUUCGUACUGGGAAACACAUUUUUCAACAGUGCAUUCACAACGCUGAUAUUACUGGCAUUAAUUUCCACCCUCUUCUAUCGCAUAUUUUCGCUACAAGUUCUUCUGAUAACUCGGUUAAAAUCUUUGAUUUAAGGAAGUUCCGUCCCAUUACUUCACUCUUGACUCACACCAAAUUGGUAAGUGACCUUCAAUUCGAGCCACUUUACGGUAGAUUUCUUGCAACCAGUUCCUUUGACACUCACGUGAAAAUUUGGGACACUUCACUUUACAAGUGUCGUAAGGUUUUAACCAAUGACGACAACCGUGUUAUGGGCUUACACAUUUCUCCUGACGGGAAUUCUAUUGUUUCUGCUGGAUAUGACCGUACUUGGCGUCUUUUUAAGCCCACUUCUGACUACAAUAAGGAUUUUAAAUUGCGUAAGAUUUUUGCUUAAUUUAAUGAAGUUAUUUA